GACACAAAAUGCAUAGUCAAUUACUCGAAAAAGAUGGCGGCGCUGUCGCAGAGUUUGUCAAGGCACCUCCAAUUUUUGAGAUUAAAAACGCCUCAGUUUCUAAGCUGUUUGAAGGCAAACUCUUCUCCGAAUGCCACGCAAGUCAUUCAGCGUGGUAUGGCCGGUGGUGGCAAGGCUAGGAAGUUCUUUGUCACUCCAACCCGCUACUCUGACAGGAGAUUCCUCAAGGCAAUGAGAUACUACAUACUCCUGACUGGAAUACCAUGUGUUGUGGGUAUUACGUUUGUCAACGUUUUUAUAGGACCUGCACAGUUGGCAGAAAUCCCUGAGGGUUAUGUACCGAAGGAAUACGAGUACCAUCAGCAUCCAAUCACACGCUUCAUCAGUAGGCAUUUCGUCAACACACCUCAGCAGGAGUAUGAGAAGAUGGCACACUACCUGGCCAUUGAGCAGGAGAAGAUUGAGGCUAGGCAAGCUGAGAAGACAGUGAAGCGACUGAUGCGGAAACGAGGUGACGGCCAUUGGUAUUACUACCCAGUUGAAUCUCCAGUUGAUAGAUACGAUGAAGAAGAACUCAAGGAUUGAUAUCGUAGAUCUAUUAGAAUAAUUUAGAUUUUUCAUUAAAACAUGUUUUCUUCUAAGGGGGAGAGGAGUGUGGUAGGUAUGUGACAUACACAAAUCAACUGCGAGAAUGCUUUUAUCCACGCAAUAUUCAUUUACUCUUCCUGAAAGAAGGAAUGUUAAUAACGGAUAAUCCUCAGAUAAACGCAGGGGUGUCAUUUGUACAAACCUUGAUUUUUGCUUCUAAUUGUUUUUUUGAAAAUUCAGGUUUAGUACACGCAUAAAAGUGUCCUGUGAAUUGUGAUGCAAUAAAUAAUGUUUCUUGCAUGGCUAGACACUUGUUGUGAUUCUUUUCUCAUCAGUAGGCAUUAUGGUUCACUUUCCCUGACUGUUUCGGUGAUUAGCAGCUCAAUCUAUAAAAAGACCAGUUACGUGAAGGAACGACCCACAGGCUUAUUACUGAUGAAUGCCACAGUGCUAUCCACACCUGAGAGACUCGAGGGCAUGCUUGCUGCCAAAAUGAUCUGGUGAACUCCCUUGACCUUAUUGACAAACAUCAUCUCAUGAUGGGAUUUGGUCUGAUUGUUGGACUUUUGUUGGACUUUAACACCUAUUGUCAAGACAUAAACCUGUCAUUCUUGUUAUGGCACAAUAAUUUCAAUAUGGACAACACCUCAUUUGUUAUUAGAUAAAAACAAUGUACUGCAGGUUUUGUUGUUUUUUGACGAUCAUUUUGUGUAACAUUGUGCUUUGCAAAAAGAAGAAAAUUCAGACAUGUUGACAGAACUUUUUAAUUCACGUGAUUAUUUCAGGCACAUUGUCUUGUUGAUAUCUAACUUUGAUUAUAUUACACAUUGCAGUGACACUAAUUUUAUUAUCAAACUUAGUGUACUACUUUAUGCUGUUUAGUAUUUGGACUGUUUAAGUAUGAAGUGGUAUUUGAAUAAAUAAAAAGUUGGAAGCUAACACAA